AUGACGACCCGCACUGUCCGCAUCUGCGUCUGCGGCGACGAGGGCACGGGCAAGUCUAGCCUGAUCGCCUCGUUCGUCAAAGACACCUUCGUCACAAAUAAGAUCCAGAGCGUGCUGCCGACCGUUACCAUCCCGCCGACCAUCAACACGCCCGAGGAUGUGACCACGACCAUCGUCGACACCUCCGCUCGCCCUCAGGACCGCACCGUGUUGCGCAAGGAGAUCCGCCGCUGCAACGUUAUCCUGCUGGUCUACUCCGACCACUACAGCUACGAGCGCGUCGCUCUCUUCUGGAUGCCCUACUUCCGCUCGCUCGGCGUCAACGUGCCCGUCGUGCUGUGCGCCAACAAGUCCGAUCUCCAGGGCCCCGGCAGCACCGACAAAGUCGUCGAGGAGGAGAUGCUGCCUGUCAUGGCUGAGUUCAGGGAGAUCGACUCGUGUAUCCGAACCAGCGCAAAGGAGCAGCACAAUGUCAUCGAGCUGUUCUGGCUCUGUCAGAAGGCGGUUGUAUACCCGAUUGCUCCGCUGUAUGACCAUAAGGAGGGCCAGCUGAAGCCCGCCUGUCAGGCCGCUUUGCGAAGGAUAUUCUACCUGUGCGACAAGGACCAGGACGGUUAUUUGAACGACAAAGAGUUCUUGAGCUUCCACGCCAAGUGCUUCGACGACAAGCCGCUGCCGCCGGAGGAGUUGGAUAACAUCAAGCGGACGGUCAGCAAAGCUGUACCGACCUCCAGCGUCGAAAAAGGACUCGACAUGCGGGGCUUUCUUUACCUGAACAAGAUCUAUGCAGAGAAGGGCCGCCAGGAGACCAUCUGGAUCAUCCUUAGAAAACAUCAUUACGAAGAUAGUCUAUGCCUGGAGGAUAGCUUUCUCCACCCUCGCUUCGACGUACCCGAGUUCUCUUCAGCCGAGCUCAGUCCAGCGGGUUACCGCUUCUUCAUGGACCUGUUCCUAACAUUCGACAAAGACAACGAUGGUGGUCUCAAUGACCAGGAGCUGGAUGCCUUGUUCGCCCCAACCCCGGGUCUUCCUCCAUCCUGGAUAGAAACCAACUUCCCCACAACCACAGUGCGCAACGAGGCUGGACACAUCACCCUCCAAGGCUGGCUCGCCCAGUGGAGCAUGACCACCUUCCUCGAGCCCAAAACCACACUAGAAUACCUUGCCUAUCUCGGCUUCGAGGGCCCCAACGCGCGCGACUCAACCACCGCCGCGCUCAAAGUCACCAAACCUCGCAAGCGCAGACGACGCCCCGGCCGCGUCGAGCGCAACGUAGUCCUCUGCUACAUCUUGGGCUCCUCGGGGGCCGGCAAAUCCUCCCUCCUGGACGCCUUCCUCAACCGCCCCUUCGACACGCUCUACCACCCGACCAUCAAACCGCGGCGCGCCGUCAACAGCGUCGAGCUUCACGGCGGCCGCCAAGUCUACCUGAUCCUCGAAGAACUCGGAGAACUAGAACCCGCCAUCCUCGAGAACCAGGCCAAGCUCGACGCGUGCGACCUCAUCUGCUACGCUUACGACUCCUCCGAGCCCGACUCCUUCUCGCACAUCGUCGAGCUGCGCAAGCGCUAUCCUUACCUGGACGAGCUCCCCGCCGUGUACACGGCGCUGAAAGCCGACCGGGACAAGACCACUCAGCGAUCCGAGUUACAGCCCGAUGCGUACACGGCGGCGCUGAAUAUGGCCGCGCCGUUGCAUGUCAGCGUCACGUGGAGCAGUAUUAGCGAGCUAUUUGUCGCACUGGCGGAGGCGGCGACGAAUCCGAGUACUGCGUUCCCGAAGUCAGAGGAGCCGCCCGACAGGACGAGCUUGUAUAUGGCGCUGGCGGCGACGUCGUGUGCGGCGCUCGCAGCGGUGCUGAUUUGGCGUAGGUCGACCAACUCGGCAUAG